AUGGCCCGUACGAAGCAGACCGCCCGCAAGUCCACCGGUGGCAAGGCCCCCCGCAAACAGCUCGCCACCAAGGCUCAUCAGGCGGCGAGGAAGUCGGCGCCGACGACCGGCGGAGUGAAGAAGCCCCACCGCUACAGGCCGGGGACCGUGGCGCUCCGGGAGAUCCGCAAGUACCAGAAGAGCACGGAGCUGCUGAUCCGCAAGCUGCCGUUCCAGCGCCUGGUCCGCGAGAUCGCGCAGGACUUCAAGACGGACCUCAGGUUCCAGAGCCACGCCGUGCUGGCGCUCCAGGAGGCGGCCGAGGCGUACCUGGUGGGGCUGUUCGAGGACACCAACCUGUGCGCCAUCCACGCCAAGCGCGUCACCAUCAUGCCCAAGGACAUCCAGCUCGCCCGCCGCAUCCGCGGGGAGCGCGCCUAG